GGCUGGAGUUUAGGAUGAAGCAAAAUUUUACACGUCAAGAAAUCAGUUGAAUGUGUAUAUUAUUCCACGAGAAAUUAUCACUCCACCAAAGAAAAUUCAUUGCAAACCUCUCUAUUAUUCUAGUCCUCCGUUUUUGUAGCUGAAAAUGAGCUGGUGGUGGGCAGGAGCCAUUGGCGCUGCAAAGGCAAGAAAUAACAUAUUCAUUGAAGAUAAGAAAUUUGAAGAAGAUGAUCCGCCGCCGAAGCAUCAAAGCGUGGCGCUCAUAAUUGGAGUGACCGGCAUCGUGGGCAACAGUCUAGCCGAGAUCCUCCCCCUCGCCGACACUCCCGGUGGCCCAUGGAGGGUAUACGGCGUGGCGCGCCGCCCUCGGCCGUCGUGGAACGACGACAAUCCUGUUCAUUAUGUCCGAUGCGACAUAUCGGAUCCUGAGGAUGUCCAAUCGAAGCUCUCUGUUCUCACUGAAGUCACCCACCUGUUCUAUGUCACCUGGACUAAUAGAUCCACCGAGAUUGAAAAUUGCGAUGCAAAUGGGAAAAUGUUUAAGAAUGUGCUUGAUGUAUUGAUUCCUAAUUGCCCUAAUUUACAGCAUAUCUGUUUACAGACUGGAAGGAAGCAUUACAUUGGUCCAUUUGAAUCCUAUGGCAAAAUUAAAACAAAUGAUACUCCUUACCAUGAGGAUUUACCCCGGUUGAAUUACCCAAAUUUUUACUAUACUCUUGAGGAUAUUUUGUUUGAGGAGGUUCAAAAGAAGGAAGGAUUGACAUGGUCAGUUCAUCGACCCGGGAAUAUAUUCGGGUUUUCACCUAAUAGCAUGAUGAAUUUAGUCGGAACCCUUUGUGUUUAUGCAGCAAUUUGUAAGCAUGAAGGUGUGCCAUUGAGGUUUCCAGGUUCUAAGAUUGCUUGGAACGGCUAUUCCGAUUGCUCUGAUGCUGAUUUGAUCGCGGAGCAUCAAAUCUGGGCUGCUGUGGAUCCUUAUGCCAAGAAUGAGGCGUUCAAUGUGAGCAAUGGGGACGUGUUCAAAUGGAAGCAUUUCUGGAAAGAGUUGGCUGAGCAAUUCGGUGUAGAAUGUGGAGAGUACGAGGAAGGACAAAAACUGUCAUUGCAAAGAUUAAUGAAGGAUAAAGGGCCAGUUUGGGAUGAAAUAGUGAAGAAGAAUGGAUUGACACCUACUAAAUUGAAUGAAGUUGGGAUUUGGUGGUUUGGUGAUAUUACUCUUGGCAAUGAAUGUCCGUUGGAUACUAUGAACAAGAGCAAGGAGCAUGGUUUUCUGGGAUUUAGGAAUUCGAAAAAUUCAUUCAUUUCUUGGAUCGAUAAGGUAAAAGCUAACAAGAUUGUUCCUUAAAUUUGAUGGCUGGUGAUGUUGUCCUAUCUUGAAUCAAAUAGUUACAUUAGCGACGAGGUUUAGGGCUUCAAGAUAGAAACGAAUAAAAGAGGCUCAACACGUAGGUGUUGCUGAAAAUUGAGGAAGAUUUUGCAUUGAGAAUAAAUAUGUAAUGGGGUCUUUAUUAUAGUAAUGAUUAUGAAUUUUGCUGUUAGAUUGAUUAGAGAAAUGGUGUUACAACAUAUUUGUUUUGUCAA